AAUUUAUUAAUAAUUAAACAAAAAAUUCAUCAUGCCUAUUACACCAUUCUUCCGUUCACCUUUCACCGAUUUAACUGGUAGUUUGAUCAAUCAUCAAACUUACGAUAAGUGCGGCGAAUUAGAAAUGAACAUGAUGGACUGUUUGGAAGCCUAUGGUGCCGAAAGAGGCCAAAAGAUGUGCAAAGAUUUAGUUGAAGAUUUCAAUGAGUGCUUUACCAUGCACAAGCAAAUGUUGCGUUUCCAGGCCAUGCGCAGCGAACGUAUGAAGCAAUACUGGUCCGGUGAUCGUAAGAAGGAAGAACUUUAUGCUGAACCUCCAAGAGUUGAUGCCUAUUAGUUUGUGCUUUUUUAACAUUAUGUUUCAUUAAAAAAAAAUCAGCUUAGAAGAAUUAAAAUAAGUAAUGGAUUGAUUAAUAAAAUAAAAA